AUGAACUCUGUUGCACUUUCUUCUCAUUCCUUUCCUCUUCAGAACGUAGCGCGACACCGGCCGGCGAAAAUUUGAGCGGGUCGGGCGGCAGCGGCGCCGUCGACGACCGGAAGCCGCCGGCGGCCUUCGAAUCAAUCCCGACCCACCGUAGUUCCGACCACCGCGAAGCUGCCCAUCUCUCUCCCUCUCCGUUGCCCGGCUUCUCGAAACCCUAGAAACCCUUUCGGAUCCCGGAAUCCGGGGACCCGAUCGACCCCGUCGGAGAGCCGGCCGGAAGCCGAACCGGCACCGGCACGGUCGCUUCCGAUCGAACGUCGCCGGAUGAAUCGGGAGGGGGCGGGCGGUUGAGCUGACGGCGAUUUACCGCGGCGUCCGGCGGAGCCUCCAGUUCACCUGCGACGUCGGCCCUCCGGCCGUAGCUCGGGCGCGGCGCCGACUCGAGUGCUGCACUCGCGCUCAAUCUCUCUUCUGGUGACCUUGCCUUUGCCUUUGAGCUUGUAUGCAAAUGUCUCUCCAUUAUGUUUGAGAUGGAAGAAGUUCAUCUAAAUAGUGAGCCUCUCUUUGAUGAUGGCAAUGAAUAUGAGUUUGAGGAAGACACAAAUGAUAUGGAUAGCGGAGGUGAAGUUAGCAAUGCACAACCAAUGAAAGGACAUGCACCACCUACUGUGGGGUUGGAGUUUGAUUCUUUUGAUCAAGCUUAUGAUUUCUAUAAUAUGUAUGGAAAGGAACAGGGUUUCGGAAUCAGAGUAAGCAAUUCUUGGUUUAGAUCAAAGAGGAAAGAGCGUUAUAGAGCAAAACUAAGCUGCAGUAGUGCAGGCUUCAAGAAAAAAAGUGAAGCCAACAACCCUAGGCCUGAAACAAGGACUGGAUGUCCUGCAAUGAUAGUGAUUAGACUUGUGGACUCUAAUAGGUGGAGCAUAGUUGAAGUCCAGCUUGAGCACAACCAUAGGGUUAGUCCAGAAAUCAAGCGCUUCUACAAGUCACAUAAAAAGAUGAUUAUUGCUGCCAAAAAGACACAACCACCGUCAAAGCCUGUGAUGCACAUGCAUGUCAUAAAGUUGUAUCAGCCAGCUGCAAUCAAUUCUGGAAGUAAUGGCUACUUGAGUAUCAGUAGGGGCGAUGGAAUUGAUUCCAUUGAUCAUGCCAAAUAUUUGGAGCUUAAAGAGGGAGAUGCCCAUGCGUUAUAUAACUAUUUUUGUCGCAUGAAGCUGACCAAUCCGAAUUUCUUUUAUUUGAUGGAUGUUGAUGAUGAUGGGCGUUUGAGAAAUGUGUUUUGGGCUGAUGCCAGGUCUAGGGCUGACUAUGCUUACUUUUCAGACACGGUUGCUGUUGAUUCCAUGUGCUUGGCAAACAAAUUUGAGAUUCCCUUGAUAUCCUUCAUUGGCAUCAAUCAUCAUGGACAGUCGGUUUUGUUGGGUUGUGGCUUCAUUGGACAUGAAUCAGUUGAGCACUUUGUUUGGAUAUUUCGGGCAUGGUUGAAGUGCAUGUUGGAUCACCCUCCACAAGUUAUAUUUACAGACCAGUCCAAAGCCUUCCAAACUGCAAUUUCUGAGGUAUUCCCAAAAGCUCAUCAUUGCUUUUGUGCAUGGUAUAUUAUGCAGAGACUCCAUGAAAAACUGGGAGGAUUGAAGGGAUAUGAAGUAAUUAAAAGACAACUGAAUAGGUCGGUCUUUAAUUCUUUGAAAUUGGCUGAAUUUGAAACAUCUUGGGCUGAUAUGAUCCAUAGACAUGGACUUCAGGACAAUAAAUGGCUCCACUCACUAUACGAGGAUAGGCAAAUGUGGGUUCCUGUUUACUUGAAGGAUACAUUCUUCGCAGGGAUGAUUCUUAUUCAAGAAAGUGAAAGCAAGAGUGCCUUUUUUGAUGGUUAUGUACAUAAACAUACGUGUUUCAAAGAAUUUGUUGAUAAAUAUGAUCUAGUUUUGCAUAGGAAGCACUUGAAAGAAGCCAUGUCAGAGUUGGAGUCCAGAAAUUUGAACUGUGAGCUGAAAACAAGAUGCAACUUUGAGGUGCAGCUCGCCAGGGUGUAUACAAAAGAAAUUUUCAAGAGAUUCCAGUCUGAGGUCGAGGGGAUGUACUCUUGCUUCAACACAAGGCAGAUAAAUGUCAAUGGCACAAUCAUAACAUACAUAGUGAAAGAACGAGUGGUAACUGGAAAAGAAAAGGAGGUUAGAAAUUACGAGGUCUUGUAUGAGACAUCUCAAGUGGAUAUUCGAUGCAUAUGCAGCUUGUUCAAUUACAAAGGUUAUCUUUGUCGCCACGCAUUGAAUGUUCUCAACUAUAAUGGUGUGGAGGAAAUUCCGAGGCAAUAUAUUCUUUCACGUUGGAGCAAGGAUUGCAAGAGACAACCACUUGAGAUACCUCGUGGUUCCAAUGAUGUUGAUGUGCAUAACCCAGCUUGGUGGCAUAACAAUCUGUAUAGACGUGCCAUUCCAAUUGUGGAGCAAGGCGCUCGAUCCAAAGACCACUAUAAGAUUACUUUGCACGAGUUGGAGGAGUUGUUGAAUAAACUUGAUCUUGUUGAGGACAACUUAAGUGCACCAGAAAAUGUUUGAGUUUCCUCCUCAAUGUGUUAGUCAGAUAUAGAAGAAGAGAAAAAAUUAGAUAAGUCGUAACCUUGCUGACCUUGUAUGUGUUCUGAUCUACUUCCAGCAUCUCCUCCAUGAUCAAUGCACGUACAAACAAAAUAUGGGGCUUAGACAAGAGGAUUAUCAGCGGUGAAGGAGUGGCUAAUGAGCAAUUGAGAACUGAACAAGAUAAGUUGACUUCAGUUCUUGUACUUGCUGAGACAUUGAAACAGGCCCCCACAUGAAUGAAUUUGUGAAGGCUCUGUAUGCUCUGCCUUUCAAGUGAUAUCCCAACGAAUCUUACCAAGGAAGGAUGCUGAAGAGACUGAUCAAUGGUGCUGCCAGCACUUCAGCUAGUAGUCAUGAAGUGGAAUUGGAUAUAGAAUAUUUUAUUUUAUUGGUCUCUGAGGAGCAAGAGUUUACAAGACCAGUUCUCAGUAUGCCAAGGGAAUUUAACGAAAUUGCAAAGGUCGAUUGAGCAGUGGCUAUUCACCAGUUAUGUGCCAGUGAAGUGAGGAAUGUUGAGAUCUCCAAUACGGUUAGAUAAAAGCUACGUAGCCCAGUAACUGAGUGAAUCUAGGCAACCAACAACCAUCUUUAAGUCUGAGAAGAAGGCUGAGAUGGAUAGAGGUUUGCGCGACAAAAGAAAUAAUUAUCUGAACAAAUUGUGGAAAUAUCAGCUUGAGUGGAUUUACAGGGGAGCAAAUUAUACAGCUCACCUCUGAGAAAGAAGGCUCCUCAAUAUCGUCUUCAUGGUGCUGAGGCACAACUGAAGACUUGUGAACUUGACGAGUUGAAAGAAAGUAGUAAAGGAAAAAGAAUGCUCUUGUGGAAAGGAAGCAGAGUGAUGAAUCUGGGAGGAAAAAUAAUCGAUGAAGAGAUGAAGCGGUUUGUAACAGAGAACGUAGUCAGAGAAGACGCGGCAGUAACUCGAAGAUCAGAUUGGAAGACUGAUCCGAACAGGGGACAAACGGAAGGAGAAGAGGGAGGAGGAGGAUGGAAGCAGAAUUGCUGGCCUGCUAGGUCUUUUCCCAUCACAUGGUCAUGCAUAUGCAGUAGUAUCCAUUUGGGUUAUCCUGCUUAUCUUUUGGUGCUCAAGAAAUUUCAAAAUCUGGUUUCGCCUGAGUUGGUUCUUCCUCUUCGCAGCAAAUGAAUCCGCACCCUUGAGACUUCACUCAAAGAAGAAAUGUCUAUGCACCCUCCGGAUGGUGCUGUUGCAAGGCGCUUUCGAUGACGGGGAUGGAGACAGUUUCGAGUGAUCAUGAAUCCAUGCCAUUCAACAGCUCUAGGGCAUUCCACUUGAAAGUCCUAUCACGAGUUACCACGCACUUCCACGGCGCGAUCAUCGCUUUUAUCCGACCACGUCCAUUCCGAUGGUGCCGGGACUUGCCCAAGUAGCAGGCUUAUCAAUGGCGCCACGGUUCCCUGGUUCGGUCACAAUCCACAAGCGAGCCAUUUGAGUGAUGCCGGGGAUGCCGGCAAGACACGAGUUCGCCGUAUUUACCCAGCGCACGAGAAACUAAACGAGCAGGAACGUUUUUCCUCAUUUUAACUGAAAAGUAUUUUGUAAUGGCGAUUGCAUGGAGACAUUUGGUAAUGAAACUGUAAUGACAUAAACACGAUAACCCGAACAAGUCGUCAGCCCUAGUUGAAUACGUCUUUUC